AUGAGAGCUACCUUCUUCUUUAUAGGUGCCGCUCUUGCCACCUUCAGAGACCUCGCCUUUGGAGAUCUCAACUUUCUCCACACCACAGACACACACGGCUGGUACCUGGGCCACUUGAACCAGAAAACUUACUCCGGAGACUGGGGUGACUUUGUCUCAUUUGCACACCACCUUAAACAAAAGGCCCGACAGAACGGCCAGGAUUUGCUUCUUGUGGACAGCGGAGACCGUCACGAUGGCAAUGGGCUUCUGGACAUCACCAGUCCCAAUGGCGCCCGCUCGCUUCCGAUAUUCAUAGAACAGGACUACGAUCUUUUGACUUUGGGCAAUCAUGAGCUCUAUCUAGCAGAGAAUUCCCAGCAGGAAUACGAAAUUGUGGCGAAGCACUACGGAGAGAAGUACGUGAGCACAAAUGUGGAGUACCUUGACGGCGAAAAGUGGGUGCCAAUUGGAAACAAGUACAGGUACUGGAAGACAGAGGUCAAGGGCACCAGGGUGCUUGCACUCGGGUUUAUGUUUGAUUUUGCCAGGUACAAUGAAAAGACCAAGGUCACGCCAAUUUCCGAGGUGAUUGAGAAGGACUGGUUCCAGGAGAUCCUCGACAAGUUUCCUGCCGAAGAGGUGGACACCGUUGUGGUGGUGACCCAUGUGCCUGUGGACCGGGACUGGAACGAAUUGGCGCUUUUGCACGCCGAGCUUAGGGUUCAUUAUCCAGAGACAAAGAUAGAGUACUUCGGUGGCCACAGCCAUAUUCGUGAUUUUGUGGUUUACGACGAGAAGCUGGUGGCUCUUCAGAGUGGCAGAUUCUGUGAGACUGUGGGCUUCCUCGGGGUCAAUUUGAACGCCACAGGCAACGAGGCCUCUGAGGUUUACUCUAGACGUUACAUUGACUUCAACACAGACCUGUUCCGGUACCACUCCGGCAAGUCUGUUGAGGCUUUCGACACUAAGAAAGGCAACCACGUUAAGUCCUUGAUAGCGCUGGCAAGGAAGGACUUGGGUCUUGAUGAUGUCAUUGGCUACGUGAACAAUUCCAACUAUUACAUGGACUACGUUCCCGUGUCACACCCAAAGAAUUUGUUCAGGUUGCUUGCCAAAAAGGUGCUUCCCACACUUGAGGCAGAGAAGGGUGUGGAAACGAGCCAGGAGAGACUUAUCCUUAUCAACACUGGAUCCGUGCGGUACGAUUUGUACAAGGGCCCAUACACUUUGGACACACAUUACAUUGUAUCGCCUUUCCAGAAUAAAUGGGUCAAGGUGACGGUUCCCAAGUAUAUUGCGGUCCAAAUUACCCCCAAGUUGAACCAGGGAGGCUACAUCAUGGCUGCAGCUAGCAAGGAACCCUUAGCUCCUCCUCAUCAGACUCCAAAGGCUUUCCAGAAGCGUGAUCAGCAGGUCAUGGACUUGUCGCAGUACGAUGAUUUAGACCUCCAUGUCGAGAAGCUCACCAAAGGUUACGUCACGUACGAUGACUUUGGCAACAAGGGUGAUGACACUGUCCACAAGGCCGUGAUCAACUACCCAAUCCCCAAUGUCGUGCAAAGCGUGGAGCUCAAGCACAACGGUCGUAAGGCACCAGUGGAUGUAGUUUUCUACGAUUUCAUCACCCCCAACGUCAAGGAGGUGUUUGAGCAGCUUGGCUACCCCUUCCCAGAAGUCGAGUUCUACUCUGACCGGUACUUGGGACAGCUACUCAAUGACUACGUUGCCGAAAAUGAGAUCUAG